CAGUUUCAUAAAAUUUCUCACAAUCACUAGGUUAAUUUAAACAAACUUUCUGGGAGAUGUUUAUCGUCAUACAAAAUUAAAAGUAAAAUUUCAAAUGUUGUAAGUUCCAGGGCCAGCCACUGGAGACGCUUCAUUCCAGACUAGUAUCCAACCGAUCCAUCCAUGAUCCAUCUAAAAGACAAAAAAAGCUAAACACACUAGAUCCAUAUUCUAAGAUCAGUCUGAUUUUUUUUCUAGCUGAAAUUUCUGUAAGUUUUUAAGUUGGAGUAAGUUUGCCCUGAAGUUACAUAGAGCCGCUCUUCUGGUUAAACCAAUGUCUUUUUAAGAUUGGUCGAAAAGUCAAUUAUCGUUGUGUUUGUGUGAUUGAAAGUUGAAUGAAGAUGCCAGUAGCACACAAUGAUGCUCAUGGUCGUGACAAAGACGACAGUGAAGGGGAAGGUGAGCACGAAGAAAUGGAUCAUUUGUCGAUUGCUCAUGAUAGCGAAAAAGGAGGUACUUCCGAUGGGGAUUCCAGUGAAGAUUCUGGCUCUGAGGACAGCUCAGAAAUGGAUGAAGAUGAAUGUGAAAACCGAAGAAGUGAAUGCCUUGAUGACAUGAUUGAUCUUGAAAAACAAUUCUCUUUUUUGAAAGAACAGCUAUACCGGGAAAGAAUCACACAAAUUGAAAGCAAGCUCCAAGAAGUUAUGGCAGAGCAAGCUGCAGAGUAUCUUGGCCCUUUGGCUGAUCUGAGAGAGGCUGUAGCUGUCAGGACACAGGUUGCUGGUAUUUUACGACAACUUCGAUUGGAGAACAUAAAAAAUAAAGCAGUAGCUGAAGAAGUAGCUGCAACACAAGAUUUUGAGUCCAGGAAAGCACUUCUAAUGGACUCCAUCAAAGAAUCUUUGAAUGAAAAAAUUCGCCGUUUGGAAGAAGACAGAAAUCAAGUGGGACUUCUAGAGUGUGAUUCGUUUUUGAAAUCACGGUCACUUCACAGCUUCGGAUCGAGUCCAUUCCGUAGCGACGAUAAGGAAUUCAAAGAGAAAGACAAAAGACGAAAACCAAUUACCGUGACAGGACCCUAUAUCGUUUAUAUGUUAAGUGAAGCCGAUAUCAUGGAAGAUUGGACCUUGAUCCGCAAAGCCCUUACUGCAACGAAUCGUAAAGAUUAUCCACUCUGACGCGUUACAGUGUUAUGCUUUCGUGGUGUGCUUGUAAAUAAUAAAAAACUCAUCCUCAUUGUCGAUCGUAAUUCAGUAAGUACAACGUAGAACGUACUGGUGAUAAAUACACGCCAAGUACAUUGUUUA